AUGUCUACUACUUCCGGCGAAACUUUUCUUUUCACAUCCGAAUCUGUUGGCGAAGGUCAUCCAGACAAGAUUGCCGACCAAGUUUCUGACGCCAUACUGGAUGCUUGUCUCAAAGACGACCCAUUCUCAAAAGUCGCGUGUGAAACAGCAUGUAAAACUGGUCUAGUGCUUGUCUUUGGCGAAAUUACGACAAGAUCCACAGUAGACUUUCAAAAAAUUGUUCGUGAUACUAUUAAACGCAUUGGUUACGAUGACUCUUCCAAGGGUUUCGACUAUAAUACCUGUAAUGUCUUGGUUGCUAUAGAGCAACAAUCACCGGAUAUCGCUCAAGGUCUUGUACAACAAGGCGAAGAGCUAGAAAAAAUCGGUGCAGGUGAUCAGGGUAUAAUGUUUGGAUAUGCGACCGAUGAAACACCGGAAUUAAUGCCAUUGACUUUGAUACUUUCGCACAAACUUAAUCGAAAAUUGGCUGAUCUACGUCGUGAUGGUACUCUUUCAUGGCUUCGCCCGGAUUCCAAGACUCAGGUUACCGUUCGGUAUAAGAACGAAGAUGGUGCUCUGGUGCCGAUCGAAGUCGACACUAUCGUUAUUUCUACACAACACGCCCCCGAAAUCACAACUGAAGAGCUUCGAAAAGAACUUGUAGAAAAAGUAGUAAAAACGGUUAUCCCUGCCAAGUAUCUUACGUCAAGGACUAUUUAUCAUAUGCAACCAUCUGGCAAAUUUAUAAUUGGUGGUCCUCAAGGCGAUGCUGGCCUGACAGGUCGUAAGAUCAUCGUAGAUACGUACGGAGGUCAUGGUGCUCAUGGAGGAGGUGCUUUCUCGGGCAAAGACUGGUCAAAAGUUGAUCGUUCGGCUGCAUAUACAGCACGAUGGAUUGCUAAAUCACUGGUACAUGCAAAACUCGUACGACGUGUACUCGUUCAGCUUUCUUAUGCCAUCGGAGUACCCGAACCUCUUUCUAUUUUUGUCGAUACCUAUCGUUCUUCAGAUAAAUCAAAUGAGGAAUUAUUGAAGAUAAUCAAAAAUAAUUUUGAUUUGCGUCCCGGUGUAAUUGUACGUGAACUUGGUCUUCACAAACCAGAUGGCUGGAAAUAUGAACAAACAGCCGCGUAUGGUCAUUUUGGAAGAAGUGAGAUUUUGCGAAUUUUCGACACAACCCAAAUGAAUACUGAUUUAGAUCUGGAUGACUUGAUUCACCUAGAAAACAUGUUUCUAGAACAUGGUAGGGAGGAUGGUUUACGAGACGGAAAUUCUGCCGGUAUGCUUGAAGGUUUCAUACUGGGUUCUACACAUGGCUUUCGUCUUGCUCAAGAGGUUGGUUUCUACAAGGGAGUGGCCGAGACAUGGUCCCGAAUAGUUUCGCAACAUUCUGGAGACUCUGAGCAUAAAAGUCUCAAUGAACGGACAAUAAAACAAUUAGAGUCUCUUCACAAUCUAAUUGCUCAAUUUCCAUUAGAAAAUAAUCGUAAUGCCGAGGUUCACAACCUGCUUGAACGUAUCCGCGCAAAAUAUAAAGUAGUGAUGUCACUUCUAAAUAGUAGUGGUAAUCUUCAGAAAUUUAAUGAUGCUGAUGUGACAAAAAUAUCUUUUUGA